AUGGCUCUUAAAUCGCGGUUUCAUCGGCUGGAUGCGUUCACAAAGACCGUCGAAGAUGCGCGGGUGCGGACAACUUCUGGCGGGAUCGUGACGAUCGCCUCUAUCCUUAUUAUCUUCUAUUUGAUCUGGGGAGAGUGGAAUGAAUACAGGAAAAUCCUAGUCAUGCCCGAGUUGAUUGUGGACAAGGGGCGAGGUGAGAAGAUGGAGAUUCACCUCAACAUCUCCUUUCCCCGCAUCCCUUGCGAACUGCUCACCCUCGACGUAAUGGAUGUGUCUGGCGAGCAACAGACGGGCGUCGUCCAUGGCGUCAACAAAGUGCGCCUCUCCUCCGUCGCCGAAGGUUCCAAGAUCAUUGACACGACCGCCCUAAUACUACACAAUCAGCAGGAUAAUGCCGUCCACUUGGAUCCCGAUUACUGCGGCUCCUGCUACUCGGCUCCUGCACCGGCCAACGCAACAAAACCUGGCUGUUGUAACACAUGUGAUGAGGUGCGCGAGGCCUACGCAUCCAACAGCUGGGCGUUCGGACGGGGCGAAGGCGUGGAACAGUGUGAGCGCGAAGGAUAUGGUGAAAGACUGGAUGCACAACGCUCGGAGGGGUGCCGCAUUGAAGGCGUCAUUCGCGUGAACAAGGUCGUGGGGAACUUCCACAUCGCGCCCGGCCGCAGCUUUUCAAAUGGAAACAUGCACGUACACGACUUGAAUAAUUAUCUCGACACUCCUGUGGAGGGCGGGCACACAUUUACACACGAGAUCCACUCUCUGAGGUUCGGACCCCAGUUGAGUGAUGAUGAUAUGGGGGUGACGGCGAAAUGGAGUGAUCAUCACCAUUCGAAUCCGUUGGACGGAGUGAAGCAGGAGACGGAGGAGCCCGGGUUUAACUUCAUGUAUUUCAUCAAGGUGGUGAGCACGAGUUAUUUGCCGCUCGGAUGGGAUGAGGAUCGGAGUAUCAAACAACACUCGUCUCUCGCGGACCUGAUACCGCUGGGCAUGCAAGGCAAGGGAGCCGGAAGCCAGGGCUCGAUCGAGACGCAUCAAUACUCUGUCACAUCACACAAGAGAUCUCUGAGCGGUGGAAACGACGCUGCCGAGGGACACAAGGAAAGACUCCACGCGCAUGGAGGAAUUCCCGGCGUCUUCUUCAGCUACGACAUCUCUCCGAUGAAGGUGAUUAACCGUGAAGCAAGGCCGAAGACCUUUGCCAACUUUUUGACGGGUGUUUGUGCGGUGGUGGGGGGCACGCUGACGGUGGCCGCGGCGAUUGAUAGGGGAUUGUAUGAGGGGAGCACGAGGUUGAAGAAGGUUCACCAGGGCUGA